UUCUGUCUGUCCAGGGAGUCGUCGGCUCAUUGAGAAAUUCAAUUGACAACAAUAUCUUCCUGUUCAAAGCAAGGAGACCGAUUCUUUUGCAAAACACGACAUUUUCUGGCUAAUUGGCAUGUUUGGCGCUAUCGGUGCAUGAAAAAAUAAUAGAUGAGCCGUUACCCGGAAGGUUCGCGUCUUAUCUGCGGAAGGAGAAAGCAGCGGGCGAGGAAAAAAGUGCCGCAGCACUCUGGCUUCCUUCUGCAACUCCCGGUGGACAGUUUUGCCACUAAACUUGCUGUGUUAUAUAUAGUGGUAGGCCCCUGAUCGGACGGCAUCAGUCACGAAUUGACAUGAUCGGUGGACACUGCAUCAGGACGGCCGCCGCGGGGCUGCUCCUCUGCGCGGCGCUUGCUCUCGCAGGGGUAGCGCACAUUGAAGACAUGGAAGACACUGCCGUAGUCGAGUCGGUGGUGAGAGAGGUGCAAGUUCGUCCCCCAAGUGACCUUUACGAGGCGGCCAGCGGCAGUUCAAGCGGCGGCGGUAGCGGCAACAAAGGGGGCAAGAAGGAGUCGAGCUACCACGACUCCAAGUCAUACAAGGGCGACAACGGCUACAAGAAGAGCGACAGCUUCGAUAAGAAGGACGGCGACACUUGGGGUCACGAGUCGUCUAGCGGGCACGGCAAAAAAUCGGGCGGUGAGGACAGCGACUCGUGGCACGACAGCGGCAGCUACUCCAGCAGCCACUCUUCAGACGACGACGACGAGGGCCACAAGGGUGGGGGUGGCGAUUUUGGCGGGUACGGGGCGCACAGCCACAAGAUCGGCCAGGGCAAAGGACUCUUUUCGUACGAGUCGGACGACGACGGCGGCAGCGAGGCCUCCGAGAGCGGCGAGGACGAGGGUGAAGGCGAGGGCAGCUUCAGCCACAUGUACGAUUCGUACUUGGCAAAGUUCGACGACGAUGAGAGCAGCAAAAGCGAGGAUGACGAAUGAACUGUGUGUUUUAGUGCACUUUUAUGUCUAGGGUCGGGAUUUUAAGACGGAUGAAUUUUUCACGGUGUCUGAUUUACUUGAAGACACCAAAUUAGUAGGAAAUUACACAAUUUUAAUACUUAAUUGCUCUUGAACUCGCUUCAAAAUCAUGAUAAAUUUUAUUUGCUUCCGGUAUGCAAUUUUUCAAAUUGUUUUUGAUCAAUUUUUUGGUUUUGUUUCGUAGCUGUAAAUUCUUAAUAUAAAAAAGUCAAAGAUUGAUUAACGUCUUGGUAAAUUUAGUAUUUUUAGUGUUAAAUUGAACCAGAUUUAAAGCAAAUUUACGUAAUUCUCUCAUUUAUUUUUCGACAGAUUUUUCCACGAUAGUAGUAUUCAUUUUUACCAGAAAAUGGAUGAUUUCGUCACUUUAAAAUAACUUUUAGUAAAGAAAAUUUUAAUGUUCUCGUUGAACUAAAAAUUCAUCUUUUUAUUCGAACAAACCGUCUAAAAUCCCAACCCUAUUUACGUGGCUGUAAAAACGCGCGGAAGAGUGACAAAGCGUGAGAUGCCACGCUAAACGGGUAUAUGAACGGUCAACUGGGGCAGAAACAAAAACCUGUCACCUCUUCACCGCACUCUGAUAAUUUUAAGCUUGCAGUACCAAAGCAACUAACUAUUUCCUCCUACGUUUCCAUUCUGCAGGAAAAUAAAUAUCAAAUUAAUUAGCUAAUGUAUGUAUGUGUGAAUGAGUCAAUAAUUUAGAAAUAAAGUUACAUAACUAGUUGUA